GAUGUGCGCAGCGAGUCCGCCAUUAAAUAGAACACUAUCUAAAGGCCGAGCGAUCCGUUGACCUUGCUUGAGGGCAUACAAGAGGCUGAUUUCUAUUUUUACAGGAUGAAGAACAGCAGGGACAAUGACUCCAAUUCUACGCACAAUGACAGUCGUGAAGCACAAGAAAGAUCAGAACUCUCUAACUCUCGUCUGUUUUUGGGGUGCUUGUGGAUUUCUUCUAUCCUGGUAGCUGGAUCAAUCAUCUACAUGAAUGUAGACAUGAGCGAGCAGCAGGGAAGUUUUAAAGACCUUACAACAGGAAAAAAGCAACUGAUUGACGAAAGAAAGAUGGUGAAGCUGAGUCGAGAGAGAGAAGAGCUGAUCCGAGAAAGAGAAGAGCUGAUCCGAAAGAGAGAGGAGGUGACCCGAAAGAGAGAGGAGGUGACCCGAAAGAGAGAGAAGCUGAGCCAGAAGAGAGAGGAGCUGAACCAAGAAAGAAAGGAGUUGGACCAAAAGAGAGAGGAGCUGAACCGAGAGAGAAAGAAGCUCACCCAAAAAAGAGAGGAGCUGAACCAAGAGAGAGAGCAGCUCACCCAAAAAAAAGAGGAGGUGACCCGAGAGGCGGAGGAGCUGAAAUGGGUCCUGGGAUACUUCCAGAAGUUUGACAUCUUUCCAAUUAAUGACUACUGUCCUGCCAAAAAGUGUGGGCCGUGCCUGCAUGACUGGAUUUUCUUUCAGAAGAAAUGCUACCUGUUUUACGACAAACCAGCUCCGUGGAAGACCUGGGAACAAAGCCGAAGGUUCUGUCAGGACCGACAAGCAGAUUUGGUUGUGAUUGGUGAUCUGGAGGAGCAGGAAUUUGUCAGCAGACAUGUCAAAUCCUACUUUGAUAUACAGUUGGGAUACUGGCUGGGAUUACAACAAACUAACAACACCUGGACCUGGGUGGAUGGACGUGUAGACACUCUUGGGUUCUGGAUGAAGGAGAAGCUCAGAACUCCAGGACCAAAAGCCAGGCUGAUGCCAGGAAGAAAUCCCUCAGAGAGCUGGAACAAAGCAGACAAUUUCUUCCAGAACAAAUUCAUCUGUGAGCAUGAAGCUUCCCUAAGGAUGGGGAGCAGCGAGGACGAUGACUCCUAUUCUACACUCAAACAUAGUGAAAAAGAAGAUGAACCAUCAUCACUCUUUCAGUCUCGUCUGUUCUUGGGGUGCUUGGGGAUUUUUGUUGUCCUGGCAGCUGGAACAAUCAUCUACAUGGGCAUAAAGAUGACAGGGCAGCAGAAAAGUGUCAAUGACCUGACAACAGAAAAAAAGAAACUGGUUAAGGAAAGAACGAUGAUUAAGAUCCGCAAGCUGGACCAAAUGAGCCAAGAGGGAGAGGAGAUGUUCAGAAAUAAAGAGGAGCUGGACCGAGUGAGAGCUGAGAUGAGCCAGGCGAUGGAAGACAUAGGACAUCUGAGUGCAGAAAAGGACAAUUUUUUGCUCAAGAGAGACAAGCUGAGUCAACUGAGAGCGGAGCGUACCAAAGUGAGCCAAGUGAAAGAUGAGCUGAGCCAAGAGAAACAUAGGCUGAUUCAAGAGAGAGAUGAGCUGACCCGACAGAUUAAAAAGCUGAGCCAAGAGAGAGAAGAGCUGAAGGAAACUCUGGAAUUCAUCCAGAAGUUUGACACCUUUUCAGUUAAAGACAACUGCCUCAACAAAAUAUGUAAGCCCUGCACAGCUGAAUGGAUUCUCUUCAAGCAAAAAUGCUACCUGUUUUACGACAAACCAGCUCCUUGGAAGACCUGGGAAGAAAGUCGAACGCUCUGUAAAAGAAGAGGAGCAGAUUUGGUUGUAAUUGAUGAUCUGCAGGAGCAGGAAUUUGUCAGUAAACACAUCAAGUACUACCAUAGUAAACACCACGGAUACUGGAUAGGACUACAACAGGUUAACAACACCUGGACCUGGGUUACUGGACCUGUAGACACUCUUGGGUUCUGGAUGAAGCACACGGUCACCACUCCAGGACCAAAAGCUCUGGUGAUUCCAAGACAAAAUCCCUCAGAGAGCUGGAAGAAAGCAAAGAAUGGGUUUCUGAACAAAUUCAUCUGUGAGCAAAAUGCUCAACUGAGGUCCAACUGACUGACUGUUCCCUUAAAGUUUCAUGCAGGAGUGCUUAACUGUGUCAUGAAUUUCUAUAUAAAGUCAUCAUCACCUUAAUAAUC